AUGUUGUAUUUGGCAUUUGCGGAAUGCCAAUAUUCUCAGCGUCGAAUCCAUGCUAGCGCUGGCCGUCCAAGUGAAGGUGACCGACUUCUGACAAGCAAUGCAAUCGAGGUGGAAACUAUGUUAUCCUUCUUACAGGAGUGGCUGAACCUACGCCGCCCAGGGCAAGAUAUUUUCCAUACGCCAAUGGGAUAUAUCUGCCAGGGUCUUACACUCCGUGGGGACCACACAUUCUUCUCAAGUCCUGUGGGAGCCGAAAUAGGUGCUAAUGUGAAUGGCGAUAUGUUUUAUGCGUCUUCAACGUACGACGUCGAAGGAUCAGACAGUGCAAGCGAUGGGGAAGCCAUAUUUGUGGACCAAAUAGAGGAAGAGAAUGAAUCGGGCAAUGAUGGCGAUGAAUAA